CAUGGUGAGAUUAGGAUGAAAUCGUACAGCUAAGAUUUCGAGUUUUAUGGUAAUACGGUGGUACACAAGUUAUUGCCGACACGAAACCAUGGGCAUGCCUUGGGAACACACAUAAAAACAAAGAAGAAAAGGAUGUUCUCUGUUAUUUUUUCAAGUUAAUAAUCGCUUCCAAGUUCAGAGGUUUGCUUCCAACUUCAACUCUCCUCCACCGCCUAACUCCUCUUCUUCGUCCUCUACCUCCUAUAUUUUCUUCUUCGUCCUCUUGCUAUUAAUCGAUUUGAAUCCACUGCAAUCGGAAACAGAGCAAUCGAAGGAGAGGACGGAGAGAGUAGACUCAACUUGAGGUUUCGAGUAUUAUCAGUUGUUUUGUAGGGUCAAUAUUGCCCUUAUAAGAUGCGUCGUGAGAGUUUUGGAUACGGGGGUAUUUGUGUAAUUUCAUUGAUUGUAUACGUGUACUUGAGGUUCUGGAAUCUGAAACUCUUUCUUCCAAAAAUUUAUUGACAACUCAGAAAAAAUUACCGAAUGUAUUUCAUGGACAAUAGUACCCUUGGCAAAGUUAUAAAUGCCAUUGGUCCACGGCAUAAAAAGUACAUUGAAGUUUGUUUCUUGGGCAAGCAGUCAGAGGGUAAAUUUGAGAAUUUGUUAUUAUUAUGAAUGUGAUAGAUAUAUGUAUUUUUUAAUCUAAAUCACAACGCAUUAUUCGAUCUCUCCAGCGACUCAUCGGAUUUCUUUCAACGGAAACUAGAAAAUUUCAAAACCCUAACCCUCGUUUUCGUGUGUAGAAGCGAGAAAUUGAAGAUGGGUUCUGAGCAGAACGAGGGCACAAGCUUUCCUCCUUCUGAGCCAAUUCUCUGCGCUAAUGGUUGCGGGUUUUUUGGGACGGCCGCGAACAUGAACCUUUGCUCCAAGUGCUACCGUGACCUUCGCGUCAAGGAAGAACAGGCUGCCUCGGCCAAAGCAGCGAUGGAGAAGACACUCAGUAUCAAACCGAAACAACCGGCUAUUAUUGCUGAUACCCAUGAUGUGGUGGUGGUGGAUGUUCCACCGGCGGCUCCUAAUCCUUCUGAGCUUGUGGCGUCCUCUGAAUCAUCAUCUUCAUCGUCGGAGCAUCCGGUUUCUGGUAGUGAUCAGGCUCAGCUCAAAGCAACGAAUAGGUGCUUUUGCUGCAAUAAGAAGGUUGGCUUGACUGGAUUUAAGUGCAAGUGCGGGGGAACAUUCUGUGGGUCUCAUCGGUACUCGGAAAAUCAUGACUGCUCAUUUGAUUUCAAGGGGGCUGGCCGUAAUGCAAUUGCUAAGGCGAACCCCGUUGUUAAGGCUGAUAAGGUGGAGAGGAUCUGAUCCUCACGGGAUUGGUAAUUUGGAAUUCUUCAUGGGGUCUGGUUUCUUUUAGGUCUUUUUCCUUCUCCAAUUAUAGAUUAUUAGCGUUAGUGGGUCGAGGUUGGUCUUAAUGCUGGUUUGGUUAGUAAUUGUGGAUGGUUGUGGUUUGGAGGAGCGUUGGCUGGAUUGGAUGAUUGCAUUGGGGAGACUUGGGAAGGUUGAUUCCAUAAUAAAAUGGAUCACUUGGAUUGUUUGCAUUUAAAUUGCUUUUUAUCUUUCCUAUUUUGUGAUGAUAAGAAUCUUCACCACUUCUCUGUGUAUCCAUUUCUCUGUCUAUUGAUAUGCUUGCUUUCUCUUUAUAUAAAUAUAUAUUACUAAUA